AUGGAGCACGAGAAUAGAAAAGCAUUGGUUGCCAUUCUUGCGGGUGGAUAUUCUCCUGAAGGAGCUGUCGCUCUGUGGAGUGGAAAACAUUUAGAGAAGAUUUUUGAAGGUGAUAAAGAUUAUCAUACCUACUUAAUUCAUGUCAAUAAAGAUGGAUGGCAUUAUGAAGAUGCCAAGAGUAAUGGACAAAGAUUUCACGUCGAUCGCAAUGAUUUUACACUCUUAUUACCUACUGAAGGAAAAAUCAAAUUCGAUUUAGCAGUCCUUUUUGUUGGAGGAUCUCCCGGUGAAGACGGUCAAUUGCAAGGAUAUCUUCAGAUAACUAAAGUACCUUUUGUUGGAUGUGAUCUUCUUUCCUCAGCUGUGACAUUCAAUAAAAGCAUCGCUAGUCGACUCGUUCGCUCAUUCAAUUCGCCUGUCGUUCAUGUUUCGCCCUCCAUCGAUGUCUUUUACUCUGUACCGAUCGGCGAUUCAACAGUCUUAUCCACACUGAAUACAGGAUACCUUUCUCUUCCUGUAAUUGUCAAACCAGCCAAUUCCGGAUCAAGUUUAGGUGUAUCUAAAGUAUCAGAUAUAUCUCAGCUGACCAGUGCUCUCGCCAGAGCCUUUGAAGAGUCUAAUCAUAUUAUUGUGGAACAGUUCAUCCAUGGCCGAGAAAUAACUGUUGGUGUUUUUCGAAUCAGUAAUCAGAUUCAGAUUUUACCGAUUACGGAAAUAGUCCAUUCGAACAAAUCCGCUUUCUAUGAUGCUCAAACGAAACUCGAAGGGAAUGACGAAACUCAAGUGAUCACUCCAGCGAAUUUGAGCGAAGAUACGAAGAAACGGGUGGAAGCAGGAGCUAUUGAAUUGUAUGAAAAAUUUCAUUUGAACGGGUUGGUCAGAAUUGAUUUGAUGCUUCAAUAUCCAGAUGAAAAAGUCUUCUUUCUCGAAGUUAAUUCGGCACCAGGACAAACCGAAUACAGUAUUAUCACACAACAAUUGGCAAAAGCUGGCUGGCAGGGUGCACGUCUUGUCGACUUCUACAAACAAUUAUUCAAAGAAGCACUCGUCAUUAAAUAUUGA